UCGGCGUUGCAGUGGCGACUUGGGCGGCCGGAGUGCCUGCGGGCCGGGCCUGCGGAGUCGGGUCGUUGCGGCGAGGACCCCGGAGGGGGCCGGUGGGGACCGCGACAUGGGCGUGGAGAUCGAGACCAUCUCCCCGGGAGACGGAAGGACAUUUCCCAAGAAGGGUCAGACAUGUGUGGUGCACUAUACAGGGAUGCUACAAAAUGGGAAGAAAUUUGAUUCAUCCAGAGACAGAAACAAACCUUUCAAGUUCAGAAUUGGCAAGCAGGAGGUCAUCAAAGGUUUUGAAGAGGGUGCUGCCCAGAUGAGUUUGGGGCAGAGGGCGAAGCUGACCUGCACCCCUGAUGUGGCAUAUGGAGCCACGGGCCACCCUGGUGUCAUCCCUCCCAAUGCCACCCUCAUCUUUGACGUGGAGCUGCUCAACUUAGAGUGAAGGCAGGAAGGAACUUGAGGUGGCUGGAGAUGGCUGCUGCUUCCCUAGCCUGCUCUGCCCCUGGGAUGGCUCAUGUGUGGGGCUCUGGAUCAGUGUGCUAACUUCACUGUCUAUCCAUUCUCUCUGCCCAAGUUGCUCUGUAUGUGUUUGUCAUUGUCCACACACAACUUUGCUUGAGUAAAACUUCAGUUGCAGAUCAAAGCAUUUCAGAUUGCAUAUUUGUAUGAUGCAUGUAUUAGCCAAUCCCAAUCACAGAACGCAGAUUUGUUUGCACAAUCCUUACUGCCUUACCUUUACUUAAGCCGGAAACAUAAGGUGCUCUAAUAUGGCAACACAGAGGGACUUGAGCCAGUUACCUUUGCUGUCACUUUCUCAUAUAAAUUGUUGGCUGCUCACUUAAAGUGUCCUCUUUGGAAAUAAUAUGUCAAAUAAAAGCUCUGUGCUUGACA